UGAGUUGUACAACUACCAAUUAUUUGGUAUUGAUUAUGAUUUGGUCAUAUAUUCUUAAAUUGUGUUUAUAAAAUUAAAAAAUUUUAAAAAAAAUAGGAUCCAAAUAAUUAUUUGCUUGUUAUCCGUUCAGUCUUCAAAUAAUCAAAUGUUAUGUAUUCGAUAAUUUGAAAUCGUAAGAUUAAAAUUUCAAAUUAAAAUAUAAAAUUAGAUGCAAACAUAAUCUGAACUUGUUAGGUACUUCCGUUCCACUCGACUCAAGUUUGUUUAAAAUCUAUGUUGGAUAAGGUAAAAGUACAAAGCAAGCAAAUCUAUGAGUAUACUCUGUAAAUCAAAAUGCUUAUCAAAAGCUUGUGAGUGCCUGAAUUGUUGAGACUUUGCUUCAUUCAAGCAUGUCCUCAGCCCUGCUUUUCACUUCUCCUCCACCGCCAGCACCCUCCAUAAACCGUAGCACUCUCUCAUUCGCCGCCGUCACCAACUUUCCACCAUCACCAGACAAGCUAGCUCUUCUUUUAGAUAAAUCCAGCUCCAUCCAUCACUUGCUCCAAAUCCACGCAGCUCUUCUCCGCCACGGCCUUCAUCAACACCCCAUCCUAAAUUUCAAGCUUCAACGCUCUUACUCUUCUCGAGGCCGUCUCGACUAUUCACUUGCUCUCUUCAAUCGAACUCUCAACCCCAACAUCUUUUUCUACACUUCUAUCAUUAACGCCCACGCCCUCCAUGGUCUCUCCCAAGAAGCUUUAUUUAUCUAUACGCAAAUGUUAUUUGAAGGUGUGCAGCCUAACGAGUUCACUUUCUCUUCCAUAUUGAAAUCUUGUUCUCUUGAACAUGGAAAAAUGCUUCAUUCUCAAGUUAUCAAACUUGGGUUUGAUUCAGAUUUGUAUGUAAAGACAGGUCUAGUCGAUGUUUACGCGAGAGGGGGUGACGUUGGGUCCGCCCGUCUCGUGUUCGAGAGAAUGCCCGAGAAGAGUUUAGUUUCUUUGACCACGAUGCUAACUUGUUACGCGAAACACGGGGAGCUUAAGGAGGCAAGGUUGCUGUUUGAUGGAAUGGUGAAGAAGGAUGUGGUAUGUUGGAAUGUGAUGAUCGAUGGGUAUACUCAACAUGGAAUGCCUAAGGAAGCUUUGGUGCUUUUCAGGCGAAUGUUGGCAGCGAAAUCUAGGCCUAAUGAAAUCACUAUACUGACUGUUUUAUCAGCUUGUGGUCAGCUUGGAGCUUUAGAGUCAGGCAGAUGGCUUCAUUCCUAUAUGCAAAAUAAUGAUAUUCAAGUGAGUGUUCGUGUUGCUACUGCUUUGAUUGACAUGUAUAGCAAAUGUGGGAGCCUGGAGGAUGCGAGAUUAGUGUUCGAUAGGAUUCAUUAUAAGGAUGUUGUUGCAUGGAAUUCGAUGAUUAUAGGGUAUGCCUUGCACGGGUUCAGCCAAGAUGCAUUGGAGUUGUUUCAUGAAAUGUGCAGGAUUGGUUUGCGCCCUACUGAUAUUACUUUCAUUGGUGUUUUGGGUGCAUGUAGUCACGCUGGUUUGGUCAAAGAGGGAUGGAGUUUUUUCAAUGCAAUGAGAGAGGAGUAUGAGAUCGAACCCAAGAUCGAACAUUAUGGAUGCAUGGUAAACCUUCUUGGUCGUGCUGGUCGAUUAGAAGAGGCAUAUGAGCUUGUGAAGAACAUGAAGGUAGAGCCCGAUCCCAUCUUGUGGGGAGCUUUGCUUGGGGCAUGUAGGUUACAUGGUAAUCUUGAAUUGGGAGAGAAAAUAGCAGAGUAUCUUGUCAGCCACAAUCUUGCUAAUUCAGGGACUUAUAUUCUUCUUUCCAACAUGUAUGCUGCGAAAGGCGAUUGGGAAGAGGUGGCGAGGAUAAGGACCUUGAUGAAAGACAGUGGGGUGCAGAAGGAGCCUGGUUGUAGCUCAAUUGAAGUGCACAAUAGGGUUCAUGAGUUCCUUGCUGGGGAUUUGAAACAUCCAAAAACCAAAGAAAUAUAUGAGAUGUUAGAGGAAAUAAAUGGUUGGCUCAAAGCUCAUGGUUACACCCCACAAACAGAGAUUGUACUACAUGACAUAGGGGAUGAACAAAAAGAGCAGUCACUUGAAGUUCACAGUGAGAAGCUGGCGCUUGCAUAUGGUCUUAUCAGCACUCAACCGGGGACCCCUAUCAAGAUUGUAAAAAACCUCCGGGUGUGUUCGGAUUGCCAUGCUGUGACCAAGUUGAUUUCUAAGAUCACCGGCCGUAAAAUUGUAAUGAGGGAUCGGAAUAGGUUCCACCAUUUUGUGAAUGGUUCAUGUUCUUGCGGGGACUACUGGUGAUCAAUAAAAAAGUUAGACCAACAUUCUAGUUUUGUUGAAAUACAGAAGCUAGAAUUGAAUUAGACGCUCAAAACUGAUGCCCUUUUUAGUAAAGACGAACUUGCCGUAGAAUGGGAUUAGACCACCUUAUUUUAGGCUUCUUCUUGAGGUCAUUGAUUCAGUGUUUUAAAUGCGAAAGGGUGGGCGAGAAGGAAAUUUACAUGACUGAACCAUCGAGGAUGAAUCCAACGAGUAUAUUAAUUUUUAUUUUUAAA